AUAGGACCGAGAAGGACGAAAAAACGUGGGUGUAAUGUUUCGUGUUAUCUUAUGAUCCUUGAGUGAGAUGAGAUUUAGCUGAUAACUUGUCAUUUAAAGGAAACAAAAUGGCAUGUAGUUUAGGAAAAUUACUUAGCUGUCUAACAACACCUUGUGCUGUGUCAUUUUCUACUUGUGUUUCUAACCUCACGAAGAAGUGUGCCGCUCCAUAUAACAUUAGGCCAUUGUUGACCUACCAUCAGUCUUCACUAAUACGCCAGCCACUGGCAUCAUGUACCCCGGUGUCGUGUUGUAGCUCCUGGACUCAACGACAAAAACCCAAAUCAAAUAAGAGGAAAAAUCUUGAAAAUGAAGAUCUUAAUCAGAUUCCUGGGACAAGAUUUAAAGAUGGACCAAACAAAUACCAGCCAAAAUCACCGUUCAAGAUCAGUACUCCAAGGUCAUAUGGAUACCAUGAAAAAUUGUUCAAGGGAGGUACUCUUCCCCGUGAUGACAAGCCACUUCGGAGCAUGAAAAAGUAUAAAGUGAAGGAUAGAUGGGAUGAAAAGCAUUCUUUAUUUGGACAAAAUGAUUACAUAGAUAUUCUGGGGGAUGGCGAUAUUCACCCUGCUGACCUUCAGAAGGGUCCAACUUGGCUUAUUGGACAGAAAGACCAGUCAGAACUACAGAGACUGCUCAGAAGGCUGCGAAUGACUGGAAACAAGAUGAAGGUGGUGUAUCCCACCAAAUAUGCAGCCAUGAAUAAGAGAGUGAAAUACCUGUACAGAAGAUACAAUAAAAAACGGUCUUAUAAAAUAAGUUGAUAGAUUGCUGUGAUCGCUGCAGUUUUCACAGGAUUUUUUCACUAGGGUGUACUUCACUGAUGUGUAUAUAGGUUUUAUGCUUGUAAUAAUCCAAAAGCUACUACAAUAAAAAUGUUAAAUGA